CUUUAAACGUGCCUGUCAUGUAAAAGAUAAAAUAAAAAAAAAACAUGGUCGCUAAGAAGCAAACGAAACCGCCAAAGGCGUUGACGUCAUUAGAAAAACCAAUAGAGAAACCUAUAUCGAAGAUUAAGAAGAACAAAAAGAAGAAUUACCAGAGCUUCUCGAUUUAUAUAUUUAAAAUGCUUAAAACCAUGAAUCAAGAUAAUUUGAGAAUAUCGAGGAAGUCAAUGCUGAUAAUGAAUAAUUUCGUGAACGACAUGCUGGAGAAGAUCGCAAUUGAAGCUGGCAGAUUGGUAGCACACAGCAAGAAGACAACAUUGGGAAGUCGAGAAAUACAGUCCGCUGUCCGAUUGCUUCUACCUGGUGAGCUGGCAAAACACGCAAACAUUGAGGGAAUGAAGGCUGUAACUAUGUAUCACCAGAGUCAAAUACGCGACACCGCAGAGAAAUAAAAAAAAAAAAAAAAAAUUAAAAAU